AUGACAGGAAGACGAGGUGGCGAACGUGCUCCAGCAUGCUUCACGUCCCACGUCCGACGGUUAACGGCCGUUUGCGUCGGAGGGGUCUUGCUACUCUCAAGCGGCCAAGGAUUUGCGAGUCCAUUGCAAGAUGGGCUGCUGAGCCGGAGACUGCAGCAACAAGGGGCGGGUGAAGCCGGCUCAAAACCGGAUAUCACGUGUAACAUCCCCGCGGGUGGGGAUGCUAGCCCAAACCCAGGCAGCGUGACGCUUUCCAAAACUAAGCUUACCGCGCUGGUGAAAUGUACCGGUGAAAACAUUCACGCUGUGCCAGAGGGUAUGAAGAAGGUCUGCGUCGCACGUGAUACCAACUCUAGCUUACAAACCUGUUUGAACGGCGAUCAAAUGCAGGUUCCUUUGCAGCAGCUCCUUCCGUCCAGCGAUGCCCUCACAUGGACAGAAGAGCCAGAGUCGGACAAGACAGCGGCUAGCAAGCAGUGGAGCUUGCAACUCAAAGAAGAGCAGCUGCCGUUCUCCGACAAAGAGUUUUUCGUCGGUUGCCGCGGGCAGAGUGACAGCGACGCCUCACAAUCGCCAUGCAAGGUUACUGUUCAAGUCGAAGCGAGGCCAUCCAGUGUAAAAAAAAAUGUCGUCUCAUGCGCUUACGGUCACACCAGCAACCCCGAGACAUUGAAAGUUGAAAUGUCAGAAGAAACCAAUACACUCACACUGGUGUGCGGUACGGACGGCAAAAUCAAGCCCCCAGCUUACUCCUCCAGCUACUGCAGCGGCGCGAGUUUGGAGAACUGCUCGGCGAGCUUUACCGAGAUCCUUCCCAAGUUCGAGGAAAAGUGGUGGACUGCAGAGGAUAAUCAACCCAGUAGCAACUCAGUGAAGCUGACAAUUCCUCCGACGGAUUUUCCUUCCGCGAAUCAGCGGUUCUAUGUUGGCUGCUCGCCAGUGCCUGAGAAGGACGAAAAGCCAGUCAGGGGUCGCGUUUCUGAGCAUUCGGAAGGGCAGGUUAAGAAGGAGCCAACGACUUGCAAGGUGGAGGUGAUUGUGAGGGCGGCGAGGUCGGCUGCGUCUGCGACAGGCGGCACUCUGUUAGCUUGUGUCUCUGGGGCUGUCGCUCUUACUGGUUUGCUCUCGGGAUUUUUUCCGUAG